AGGGGGGAAACGGUUUCUGCCAACGAACAUUGCAACGAAUGUCUCCGUGGCCAUACGCGCCUUUCUCCUUCUGUCAGUUUCUAUUCUUUCUCUUCACUGCUUCUUUCAAGUGCGGCCGCACGUAGCUUCCUCUGCGCACGCGUCCCACCGCGCCAGCGGAGUUUGUACUCAUUCCUUCUCUUUCAUCCACAGGUAUUAGUAUUUUUGUUUAGUUUCUCGGUCAUGCUCCGUCCGCCGCGUAAAGGCGGUCCCCAGGCCGUGUCGCUCGUGCCAGCCUCGCACAACUCGAGCUGCGCCAACCUCAGUGACUGCGGCAACGACAACGUCGUGGACGGGCUCGAGACGUUCGACGUGGGCGAGUACCAUCUCACGUCGUGUCCGAUUUGCCUCGAGCACUUCACCCUCGACAACCCCGCGAUCCUUCUGAAAUGCGAGCACGGCUUCCAUCUGCAGUGUUUAGAGUCGUGGCGGCAGCGAUCUACCAUCUGCCCCAUGUGUUUUGCGCCGGUAGUGGGUGAUGAGGGCCGAAUCAUGAGCCCAUCCGAUGCGCGCAGACGGCGUCGCAUGCGGUUAAAGGCGCCGGGUGACGCUCUCGACGCACCGGAGCGAAGUGUGCUGAUCGCCGCGGCUGUUGGUGCUGCGGCGGCUGCGUCGUCGUCUGCGGGGCCAGGGUGCGAACAAGGUGAUGAGACGGAGGUGAUUGAGGUGAACUCUGCCCAUCACGGCCCUGAUAGCUGCUGCGGUUGGCUCCGUUACUGUUGCUUUUUCUAG